AUAAGUAUUGAAACAGAAAAAAUUGAAAAAGAGAAUAAAUUAUUGGAGCUGAAAAUAAAGCAAGCUGAAAUUCAAUUUUUUGUUGAUCUAACUUUGAUGGUGAAUAAGGCUCAUAGAAUAUUCAACCAGAAAAAAAUAGAUUAUGCCUUGAACUCAAAUGAGAAUAGUAUCAGAAAGUACUUAGCAGAUGAUGAAGUCUGCAAUAAAAGUUCACUCUCACUUCUCGCAUGUACACAGAUUACAUUUGAAGAAGAAGAGUCCUUUACCUCAGCCAUAUCCUACAUCCCAGCCAAUCCAGUAGAGUUUUUUACUUCAAAAGAUCUGAAAGAUAUUGCAAAUAUAGACAAAUUAGAAAAUGAUGCGAUUUUUUGCUUCUUAUCGGAUAUUGAAGAAAUCUU